CCCGAGAAAGCCCCUGGUUCCUGUCCUCCUACCUCGGAGGGAAAUCGGACUAGGGCAGCAGGGAUGAGAUCCCUCCGUUUAUAGCCUGUGCAUCUUUACCUAAAAGUAGCUGCACCUGGGAAGUAAAAACUCAGCUAAACUGUGUGGCAGCGCAUCUGGGCAGCCCACUACAUUGCGUUUCUACUCGGAAAACAUAAACUUAUGUUGCCUAAUGUGGCGUGAAUGAAAGUGACUCAGCUGGACUUGUGCUACACACAUUUGUUAGCAUCUGAUACAAGAGCAGGAGGAUGGGAAACAGUGCCUUAAAAGCACAUUUGGAGACAGCACAGAAAACGGGAGUAUUCCAGCUGACAGGAAAAGGCCUUUCUGAGUUUCCCGAAGAUCUGCAGAAGCUUGCAAGUAACCUCAGAACAAUAGAUUUGUCGAACAAUAAGAUUGAGGUCUUACCACCACUAAUGGGGAAAUUCUCUGUGUUGAAGAGCCUUGCUUUAAAUCACAACAAGCUGACUGCACUACCUGAAGAGCUGUGCAAGCUGAAAAAAUUAGAGGCUUUGCAUCUGAACGGCAACCAGCUGACGCAGUUACCGGCUGCCUUUGGACAACUUUCGGCACUAAAGACCCUGAGUCUUUCUGGAAACAAGCUCCGAACUGUACCUGUCCAGCUCUGCAGCCUUCGUCACCUAGAUGUGGUGGAUCUCUCCAGAAAUCAGAUCCAGAGUGUGCCAGAUACAGUUGGGGAUUUGCAGGCCAUUGAACUCAACUUGAAUCAAAACCAGAUCUCCCAGAUCUCCUCACAGAUAUCUUACUGUCCACGCCUCAAGGUCCUGCGUCUGGAAGAAAACUGUUUAGAACUAAGCAUGCUUCCUCAGAGUAUUCUCAGCGAUUCUCAGAUCUCUCUGCUUGCUGUAGAGGGCAAUCUCUUUGAAAUCAAGAAACUUCGAGAAUUGGAUGGAUAUGACAAGUACAUGGAGAGAUUCACAGCCACAAAGAAAAAAUUUGCCUGAUGGAUCGCUACCGGUCUUAUUUCAUGAAGGAGAGACAAGAGGUGUGAUGCACAUAGCUUAUAUGCUGCUAAGUCUUUUCAGGAGAAGGAAAUUCAAGGCUUUAACUGCAAGAGAACUUUGAACUGGUUGAAUAUGUUGUUUUUAAGGCCACAAAGUGAAACCAGGAAUUGGUGAAACUUAUCUUGUACGUUACGCUUUACACCUUUGCAGCUAACAAGGCACUUCUGCUUAUGUGAUUCUCCAUCUUCAGGGAUCAUUAUGUUGUAAGAAGAAAAAUGUUGUAGAACUCACUUGGGCUGCAGAGGUUUUAUUACCGACAUUGGCGGCCUUAUAUAAAGUACGGAGUACAUGGAGAUAACACUAAGGGGAACAUUUGCCAAGGAGUACACUGAGGUUCUGUAACAGGAUUAACUCUAGAAUGCAAAGUCAUCUCUUUGCAUUAAAUGUUUUAUAGUGUAGAGGAGACUGACAUUUUUUAAAAAUAAAAAUCAUGUACAUUUGAAAGCACAAGUAAUUGGGCUGAUAGUAGCUCAAUAUGUCUAAUCAAAAAUAGUUGUCCUAGCUUCAUUUCAUGCUCACCUCCCCUUGAAUGGCUUGUCUUCCAUUUGAUGGUGUAAUGCCCUCUAGUUCACCUGAGCAUGCUAAAUGAAUGAAAUACAGGUUCAUAAUGUCUACACUGUAUUUGAGGGGGGAGGGAGCUGACAUCUUUGCACUCUGUGUUCAUGGCAGGAGCAAACUCAACUGCUUAAAGGGGAUGAUCACCUUAUUACUGCCUUAUACAAAGCACCCAGGAGGACCUAAAAUAUGCAACUUUCUUGAAUAACUUGUAUAUUUUUAUUAAAAAGAUAUUGCAUCCACAA